UGUUCAUCACGGGCUCGAUACCCCUCCCGUGAGGUAAUUAGGGGUGACUUUGAACUUACUACUGGCUUGGUUUCUGUUUCUUUGACAGCGGACUUGAUAUCCUUCGGUGUCUCCUUGGCAGGUUGUGCGAUGGCAGUUUCAAGGUGGACUGGCGGGUGCGUGUUUUCGACCUUGCUCUGUUCAAAGUUGGUAUUCUUGGCUUCCUCAAUCUUUGGCUCUUCCGCUUUGGAUUCCAGCGGCUUUGUGGCUUCGCUAACCAUCGGCUCCGAAGCCGGAGCUACCGUUUCCGUGACUGCUUCAAUGUGUCCGUCUGCUGCUAUAGUGACAUUCAACGAGACAGGUUUCUCUUCGCCGUUUGAAUUUGGAAUUUCAAGCGUUGCUUCCUCCGUCUUGCUUUCCUCAGCUUUUGCCUCUGGUGUCAUGUCUUUCGUCGGGACUGAUGUUUCCUCUUUAUUGUCCUGUUUCGUCACUAGGGUAUCAACACUCUUACUCUCAUCAACUUUGGGCCGAGCUGGGACAUCUUUGUUCUCUCCGUCAGCCUGGGGCAAGUCUUCCGCCUUUACUUCAUCGACGACCGUCUGUGCAACUCCCUUCACUUGCCCAUCAGCUCCAACGGUGAUCUUCAAAGUGAUGGGAUGAUGGACAGUGGCGUCAGCUGUAUCUGGUUGGUCGAGCUCUAAUGUGACGACUUUAUCUCCAGUUUGAUUGGGAGACACCUUGUCAGCAAUAGCAGCUCCAAGAGCUGUUGCUCCUGCUGCUGAAAGACCGUCGUGCGCGGGAUCAAUAACGGCGGGGGCCGUGUCGUCAACUUUCACA